GGUAGAUUGGUACUAAAUUGAGUUUUUAUGAUAAAUAUGAACACUUUUUAAAAAGUUUUAAUGUUGUUGAGCUCACAGUGGCUGGUAUUUAAGUACUUCUUUGACUUUUUAAUGAAAAAAAACACUGACGUUUUCCACAUAUUACCUCACCUCCAUCAGUACAGUUUUAGUUUGGACAAUAAUCAAAUCUUUACUCUUCCUUUUUGCUCAGUCUUGAAUGAUUCUAUCAGAUCUGCUGAAGCCAUGCCUGCCAUCGUCAACCUCCUGUUCAAUGUGGUCUCCACCAACACCACCAUCUCCUUCAACGUGGUGUUGCCCAUGGUGAGCCUGAUCUCCCUGUUCGUGGGGGUCGGAGGUCACCUCCUGCUGUGGCUGGUGCUGAUGAAGAAUCCGCGCAGUCGCUCCAAGCCGAGCUCCGUCCUGCUCCUCAACCUCAGCCUGGCAGACCUGGGUGCCCUGCUCACCCUGCCCUGCGUGCUUCUGAGCGCUAGCUUCCAGAACUGGCAGCUAGGUGGAGAGACCUGUGUUCUCCUUGGGUUCGUGACUUCAAUAACCGCAGGCGUGGAGAUCUUCAGCCUGGCUGCCUUGGCGGUGCUGAGGUACCGUAUCGUGGCACCACGGACGAGAACACCCGCUAGUCAGACUCAAGUGUUGUUUAUUGUGGUAGCCAUUUGGCUGGUCUCAGUAACCAUGGCCUUACCAAAGGUCACCUACAUCAACUUUGAUGGUGGAUGCACAUGGUCGGUUGGUUGGGAAGAGUGGCUGUUCUUCCUCGUUCCAGCCUUCCUGAUCUACUACGUGGCCCCUCUGCUGUGCAUCACGGUCAACUGCGGCCUCAUCAUCUCCCACCUCCACCGCUGUCGAGGCACCCUGGUUGCUGACAGACGCAACAAGAAAGCUACAGCCCUUCUUAUCGGCUCCACCCUGGCUUUUGCAGUUAGCUGGUUGCCGUAUUAUGCGCUUGAGUUUGCCAACGUUCUCUCGCCUCACGUUAGCUCCGCGGCUUCUCCCACAAGCAAAUUUGGACUUAGGUUGUCUUCACCUCUGCCUCCAGCCGCGCUGCCCRGGACAGGUGAGCAAACACUGACGAGAGUGACACUGCUGUGGGAGGUGGCCUCCCUGGCAGCCAUUCUGUUGGUGUGCCUGACCCCUUGCUGGAACCCUCCGCUGUACUUCCUGUUGUCGCGUCCGGCUGUUCGUCAGCUGAGGGCUCUCCUGCCCUCCUUCGUUCGAGAGCAGCUGAUGAGAAAACCCGAGCAGCGCUGACGUAUCACUUGGGGUCCUCCGCCUUGUUUGUCAGUGCCUCACGCUCCCCUAAACUCACUCACUCAACAAACCUUGACACACAGGCUGACCCAGUGAAGGUCCUAACAGCAGGGCUCAGUCUCAUUUACCCGUGGCAUACUGUUCACAUGAGCCAGCUAUCAGAGUUGUAAAGUAACUAAGUACAAAUACUUCUUUACUGUACUUAAGUAGAAUUUUUGGGUAUCUG